UUACUGUUACUGAUACAGUUUAACAGAAAUCUCCACGAACCUCGAUUUCAUAAGCAAAUAAAGAUAUUUUCGGAGAAAUAUCUUAAUGUCAUGUCCUCUUGCCUUCACCUUCUCUCUCCCGUCUAUUUUCCCCUUUCCUUCUCAACUGCUUCCAUUUUCCCGCCAUAAACAUCCUUAUCUUCUUCGCGCCACACCAACCUCUGCAACCGAAGAUGUUGCCUCCGCCGUUUCUGGCGCACCUUCAAUAUUUAUCUCUCAAUCACGCUCUCCGGAGUGGUGGAUUGACUUGCUCCGGUCCAAAGUUCGAUCUAAUUUGCUCCGUGAAGCUGUUUUGACUUACGUUGACAUGAUUGUUUUGGGUAUAAAACCCGAUAAUUAUGCGUUCCCUGCUUUGCUAAAGGCUGUAGCAGAUCUUCAGGACAUGGAACUGGGGAAACAGAUUCAUGCCCAUGUGUAUAAAUUUGGGUACGGUGUGGAUUCCGUGACUGUGGCUAAUACCCUUGUGAAUUUGUAUAGAAAGUGUGGAGAUUUCGGAGCUGUCUAUAAGGUGUUCGAUAGAAUAUCUGAGAGAAACCAAGUCUCUUGGAAUUCUUUAAUUUCUUCUUUGUGUAGUUUUGAGAAGUGGGAAAUGGCGUUAGAGGCAUUUCGGUGUAUGUUGGAUGAAAAUGUGGAACCUAGUUCGUUUACCUUGGUGAGUGUGGUUACUGCUUGUUCGAAUUUGCCUAUGCCUGAGGGAUUAAUGAUGGGUAAGCAGGUUCACGCCUAUGGUUUGAGAAAGGGUGAAUUGAAUUCGUUUAUAAUCAACACAUUGGUGGCUAUGUAUGGUAAACUGGGAAAAUUAGCAUCUUCUAAAGUCUUACUUGGUUCUUUUGGAGGCCGUGACUUGGUCACAUGGAACACUGUGUUGAGCUCGUUAUGUCAGAACGAGCAGUUGCUUGAAGCAUUGGAAUAUUUGCGUGAAAUGGUGCUUGAAGGUGUUGAACCAGAUGAGUUCACUAUUUCAAGUGUUCUUCCUGCUUGUUCACACUUGGAGAUGCUUCGCACAGGGAAAGAAUUGCAUGCUUAUGCUUUGAAAAAUGGCUCUUUGGAUGAGAAUUCCUUUGUUGGUAGUGCUUUGGUUGACAUGUAUUGCAAUUGCAAGCAAGUGUUGAGUGGUCGUCGAGUAUUUGAUGGAAUGUUUGAUAGAAAGAUUGGUCUGUGGAAUGCUAUGAUCGCUGGGUAUUCCCAGAAUGAGCAUGACAAGGAAGCGUUGUUGCUUUUCAUUGGAAUGGAAGAAAGUGCUGGGCUUCUGGCUAACUCUACCACAAUGGCAGGUGUUGUUCCUGCUUGUGUCCGUUCUGGUGCGUUCUCUAGAAAGGAAGCUAUCCAUGGAUUUGUUGUGAAGAGAGGUUUAGAUAGAGACAGGUUUGUGCAGAAUACACUGAUGGAUAUGUAUUCUAGGCUGGGAAAGAUCGAUAUCGCCAUGCGGAUAUUCGGUAAAAUGGAAGAUAGAGAUUUAGUUACGUGGAACACGAUGAUUACGGGUUAUGUAUUCUCAGAACACCAUGAGGACGCACUUCUCCUGCUACACAAGAUGCAAAACCUUGAAAGAAAAGUGAGCAAGGGGGCUAGCCGAGUUAGUCUUAAACCUAAUUCCAUCACUCUGAUGACAAUCCUUCCCAGUUGUGCUGCACUAUCAGCAUUAGCAAAAGGAAAAGAAAUUCAUGCUUAUGCCAUCAAGAACAAUUUGGCAACUGAUGUGGCUGUCGGAAGCGCUUUAGUUGACAUGUACGCAAAAUGCGGGUGCCUACAGAUGUCGAGAAAAGUGUUUGAUCAGAUUCCACAAAAAAAUGUUAUUACUUGGAAUGUGAUUAUAAUGGCUUACGGGAUGCAUGGAAACGGUCAAGAAGCCAUAGAUCUGCUAAGAAUGAUGAUGGUUCAGGGAGUAAAACCAAACGAGGUUACAUUCAUCUCAGUAUUUGCAGCUUGUAGCCACUCAGGCAUGGUGGAUGAAGGAUUAAGGAUAUUCUAUGUUAUGAAACCCGACUACGGGGUUGAACCAAGCUCAGAUCAUUAUGCUUGUGUUGUAGAUUUGCUUGGAAGGGCUGGUAGAAUUAAAGAAGCAUAUCAACUCAUGAAUAUGAUGCCUCGUGAUUUCAACAAAGCUGGAGCAUGGAGUAGCCUCCUUGGUGCCAGUCGGAUUCACAAUAACCUAGAAAUUGGAGAAAUUGCUGCUCAAAAUCUCAUUCAACUGGAACCAAAUGUAGCUAGUCACUAUGUGUUACUUGCCAAUAUUUAUUCAUCAGCAGGCCUCUGGGAUAAAGCAACAGAGGUAAGAAGAAAUAUGAAAGAGCAAGGCGUGAGAAAAGAACCUGGAUGUAGCUGGAUUGAGCAUGGCGAUGAAGUACAUAAAUUUGUAGCCGGUGACUCAUCUCACCCGCAAAGCGAAAAGCUCAGUGGAUAUCUCGAGACAUUGUGGGAGAGAAUGAGAAAAGAAGGAUAUGUACCUGACACAUCUUGUGUACUCCACAAUGUAGAGGAAGAUGAAAAAGAGAUUCUGCUUUGUGGACACAGUGAGAAGCUAGCAAUUGCGUUUGGGAUACUUAACACAUCACCCGGUACAAUUAUUAGGGUGGCUAAAAACCUCAGGGUUUGUAAUGAUUGUCAUCUUGCAACCAAGUUUAUCUCAAAGAUUGUUGAUAGAGAAAUCAUCUUGAGAGAUGUUAGGAGGUUUCAUCGUUUCAAGAAUGGAACUUGCUCCUGUGGAGACUAUUGGUGAAAGAUAAGCUCCAUAAAACUCUCUUUUUUCUUCAUUGUAUAUCUUGUAAGUGUUGAUUCUUGUAUAAGUUAUACAGUAUAACACACAGUUGAACACACUGAUCUUAACAAAAUUAUUAGUAUUAAAUGUACUUAUUGGUCUCUGUAGUCAUUAAGAAAAUAAAUUAGAUAAUUU